AUGGUUUCUGCUUGCUCCUUGGGGCAGUCAGUUUGCUAUUAUUGCAAACUGCCUGGCCACGUCAUCCGAGACUAUUCGCUAAAGACUCAGCAUGUAGCUUCCGGAGUUUCUGUUGCGGGAGGACGGUUUGGUCAGUCCGGGACCCAGCAAGGCGGGCCGAAAGCCCAAUCUUCACACCGUCAGCAGGGGACAGCUCCCCCUGCGACCGCUGCAUAUGGCAUGCACGGUCAGGAGCAUUCCAGCGUUCUGAUGGAGUCCCAGGGUUCUAUUUCUGGACCUCAGUAUCUGACUCAGCCAUCGGCGCAGUAUCAGUUACAGCCCCAGCCACCAGUUCAGUACAUACUGCAGCCCAUAGCCCCAGCUCUGACUCAGUAUCCAGUACCGACUCAGUGGCAGGCUCCGACUCCGACACAGCAGCCUUUGGCAGGAUUUCUAUUAUCAUUGAUUAGUACUGACGACAGCAGUAGUCCUCAGCUCUCAGACAUUCCGGUGGUCCGAGAGUACCCAGACGUUUUUCCAGACGAGUUACCAGGUUUGCCGCCCCGAAGGCAAGUGGAGUUUGCUAUUGAGCUGAUUCCAGGGACUGCACCAACAUCGAAAGCUCCUUAUCGUAUGGCACCGAAAGAGUUGGACGAACUAAAAGUCCAACUCCAGGAGUUAUUAGAUAGGGGAUUUAUUCGCCCUAUCAGAGAUUCUGAUAUUCAGAAGACAGCAUUCCGCACCAGAUACGGACAUUACGAGUUUUUGGUAAUGCCAUUUGGGCUUACCAAUGCUCCUGCAGUAUUUAUGGAUUUGAUGAACCGUAUCUUUUUGGAGUAUUUAGAUCAGUUUGUGAUUGUGUUUAUCGAUGACAUAUUGAUCUAUUCACGUUCCGAGGAGGAACAUGCGCAGCACCUUCGCAUAGUCUUGGAGACUCUUCGACGACAUCAUCUGUAUGCGAAGUUCAGCAAAUGUGCAUUUUGGCUAUCCUCAGUUGGUUUUCUGGGACAUGUGGUGUCUAGCCGAGGUAUUUCAGUAGAUCCUCAGAAGAUCGAGGCUAUCACUAGCUGGGAGCAGCCGAAGUCAGUCCAGGAGAUCCGUAGUUUCUUGGGCUUGGCUGGAUAUUACCGACGAUUCGUUGAGGGUUUCUCCAGCAUUACUAUGCCAUUGACACGUCUGACUAGGAAAGGCGUGAAGUUCACGUGGUCAGAGGCUUGUGAGACCAGCUUCCAGGAGCUGAAGCGGAGAUUAGUAUCAGCACCAGUUUUGGUUUUACCUUCUGGUGAUGACGGAUUCGUACUUUACACAGACGCAUCUCUUCAGGGCUUGGACGCUGUUUUGAUGCAGCACGGUAGGGUAGUCUCCUAUGUUUCUCGUCAGUUGAAGGAGCAUGAGAAGAACUACCCAGUACAUGAUUUAGAGCUAGUCGCUAUUAUCUUUGCUUUGAAGAUUUGGCGACAUCAUCUUUAUGGUAUUACUUUUGAGAUUCUUACUGAUCAUAAGAGUCUCAAAUAUAUUUUCACCCAGAAGGAACUCAAUCUCCGACAAAGGAGAUGGAUGGAGCUCCUGAAGGAUUAUGAUUGUACUAUUAGCUACCAUCCGGGUAAAGCUAAUGCUUUGGGCACACAACUUCGUUUCAGUACGGCAUUCCAUCCGCAGACAGAUGGCCAGUCAGAGCGGACUAUUCAAACAUUGGGGGACUUGCUGAGGUCUUGCAGUAUUUAUAAGAUAAGCUUCGGGCAGAUUUAUUUGAGCAGGCCUAUGAUGACAGAGUCUGAUGGAGAAACUGCCACAUUAUUCUCAAAAGCAGCAAGAUCCAGGAACUCGACUUAUUAUGUGUCUAUACUGCUCCGGUCCAGUUAUUGCACUUUGUAUCAGAACUCUGAGAAGGAUCUCACUGAACUUGGGCAGUGCCCUUAUGAUCAAGGAGGAGAUUUCAUCAUCAAUGGAAGUGAAAAGGUGCUUAUUGCACAGGAAAAGAUGAGCACCAAUCAUGUACAUGUAUUUAAGAAAAGGCAGCCAAACAAGUUUGCAUCGUGCUGCCAUGGACACGAAUGCUCAUCAGCUGCUAUGUCGAGAUGGUGA